GAAAGUAUAACUUUAUUGACAAAACUCCUUGACAGUUUAGGGCUGGCUGACUGGAUCGUCCUUCAGCGCCGCUGCUCGUCACUGCUUCGGUUUUACCUUCUCCUACCUUCUCCGUGUACUUGGAUAAAUCCUAUCUACUAAGAGAGCCAUACGUUAGAACGAGGCAUGGCGGCAAGGAUUUUGCCAGUAAUAAAGCUUGCAACAAAAGUGACUAUUGCUGGGGGAGCCGUAUAUGUAGUCUAUGACUCUGGGCUGCUCGGGAGCAGUGAGCAGGGAGCUGUAGCUCUGCAGAAAGCCAAGGCUGCAAUUCCGCCUGCAGUGGACGAGUGGAUGAAGUACUUCGGCGUGGAGGCUCAACUCCCCACUGUACCAAAGAUGGAGUUUGCCCCGCUUGAGGCAUGGAACUCUGGUGUCAGAUGGACAAUUUCAACACUGUCAGAAGCUCCUACAAAAGCCUCAGAUUACACCCAUCAGGGUAUGCAAUACAUAAAGGACCUCACAAAGUAAAUCAUCUAAGCACCUGACAUUUAUUUAUAUUUUGACUUUUGCACUUCCUUAUACUAAGUUUGAACCACCUAUUGAGAACUUGACACUUAUCACUGGAAUAUGCUGGCAAUUUUAACUGUCAAUAAUUAAGCAUUUUCUUCAUUAAAGAACAUUGUGUAUGUAUACAGGACAGAUUCCUCUUCCUUAUCCAUUUCCCAACAUGUUGUUCAAGGUAACAGAACCUUUAUUUGUCCCACAAUGGGGAAAAUUCCAAUGUUUUAUAGUUAUAAAUAUAUAAAAUAUCAAACUCAACAAUAAAUAAUACUCAAGCCUUA